CUCCGAGGGAGAGAGAGAAAGGAGAGAGUAUCCUCUCCCCUUCAUUUUUCUAUUCGAGAGAUUUGUCUAAACUGGGUGCUCGUAUGGUCCACAACAAAGUCCCAUCAUUUUCAUUUUCAUCACCCUCUGUACUACGUACCAAUUUAGUACCAUUGUGCGGGCGAAUACACGUGGAUAGAUAGUGAAUAUCGGUUCCAACUUGUCAUUCAUGUUUUAUCAACACUCAUCAACAAGUUUAACAUCCCUCUGAUUCGUCUCGUUUUCCUUCUUCGUCCACUCGAUUGAUUACUGGUUAAUAAGGAACGAAGAUGGGUUCGUUGAAGCAAGAAGAAGAAUUAGAGGCGAUCGGGGGUGAAGAGGAAUCGAAGCAAGAAGCGAUCUUGUACGUUAAUGGCGUUCGUCGACUAUUGCCUGAUGGAUUGGCCCACUUGACUCUGCUCGAGUAUCUCCGAGAUAUCGGUCUGCCGGGGACAAAGCUAGGCUGUGGUGAAGGUGGUUGUGGGGCUUGUACUGUGAUGGUUUCUUAUUUUGACCAUAACUUGAAGAAAUGCAUGCAUUAUGCUGUCAAUGCUUGCUUGGCUCCUUUGUAUUCUGUGGAGGGGAUGCAUGUAAUUACAGUGGAAGGAGUUGGGAACCGUAGAAAUGGUCUGCAUCCAGUUCAGGAAUCGUUGGCCCAAUUACAUGGAUCACAAUGUGGAUUUUGCACUCCUGGUUUUAUUAUGUCAAUGUACGCAUUAUUAAGGUCAAGUCAAACACCUCCUUCUGAAGAACAAAUUGAAGAAAGCCUUGCAGGAAAUCUGUGCCGGUGCACUGGUUACAGACCAAUUGUUGAUGCUUUUCGAGUCUUUGCAAAAACUGAUGAUCUUCUAUACACCGAUGCAUCUCUAAAUAGCGCUCAAAGGGGUGAGUUUGUCUGCCCUUCAACUGGAAAACCAUGCUCAUGCCGUUCCGAGACUGUUUGCAACGAAAAUUCUGUUGAACAAAAAGCGGCUUGUGGCAACACAAAUGAGCCUUUGCCAUAUACUGAUGUUGAUGGGACACGAUACACUAAUAAGGAGCUAAUUUUUCCUCCAGAGCUGUUAUUGAGGAAAUGGACAUAUCUAAAAUUGAAAGGAUUUGGUGGGAUUAAGUGGUACCGCCCCUUACAGCUUCAACAUGUUUUGGACUUAAAAGCAAGAUACCCGGAUGCAAAAUUGGUGGUUGGUAAUAGCGAAGUAGGAAUAGAAAUGAGGUUAAAAGGAUUUCAGUACCAAGUUUUGGUAUGUGUUGCAUCAGUAUCUGAACUCAACAAAUUGAAUGUGAGGGAUGAUGGUUUGGAAAUAGGUGCUGCAGUAAGAUUGUCCGAGCUUCUGAAUGUUUUAAGAAAGGUAACAAAAGAGCGAACGUCUCAUGAAAUUUCAUCAUGUAAGGCCUUCAUUGAACAGAUAAAAUGGUUCGCUGGUACACAGAUAAAAAAUGUUGCAUCUGUUGGUGGAAACAUUUGUACAGCCAGUCCAAUAUCAGACUUGAACCCUCUUUGGAUGGCCACAGGAGCUAAAUUUCAAAUUAUUGAUUGCAAAGGAAAAAUCAGAACGACAGCAGCAGAUAAAUUUUUCCUUGGUUAUCGUAAGGUUGAUCUGGCGAGUGAUGAGAUUUUACUGUCCAUUUUUUUACCUUGGACUAGGCCAUUUGAAUUUGUGAAGGAAUUUAAGCAGGCUCAUCGAAGGGAUGAUGAUAUUGCAAUCGUAAAUGCUGGAAUGCGUGUUUUUCUUGUAGAAAAGAAUGAGAAGUGGAUAGUUUCAGAUGCAUCGCUUGCGUAUGGUGGGGUUGCUCCUCUUUCUAUUUCUGCAGCAAAAACAAAGGAAUUUCUUAUUGCAAAGACUUGGAAUGCAGAACUUUUGCAUAGCGCUUUAAAAGUAUUGGAAAACGACGUUGUGCUAAAGGAAAAUGCUCCUGGUGGGAUGGUGGAGUUUCGGAGAUCUUUAACUCUUAGUUUCUUCUUCAAAUUUUUCCUAUGGGUGUCUCAUCAAAUGGAAGGAAAUUCACUCUUCACGGAGAGAGUACCAUCAUCUCAUCUAUCAGCUGUGCAAUCAUUUCAUCGGUCAUCUGUUAUCGGAAGCCAGGACUAUGACAUUGUAAAACGAGGAACAGCUGUGGGGUCUCCUGAAGUUCAUCUCUCUGCGAGACUUCAGGUUACUGGUGAGGCAGAAUACACUGAUGACACACCCAUGCCUCCUGGCUGUUUACAUGCUGCCUUAAUAUUAAGUCGGAAACCUCAUGCUCGUAUAUUAUCUAUAGAUGAUUCAGGAGCCAAGUCUUCACCAGGAUUUGCAGGAAUUUUUUUCGCAAAAGAUGUCCCUGGUGAUCAGAUGAUUGGGCCAGUUAUUUCAGACGAGGAACUAUUCGCUACAGAAUUUGUAACUUGUGUCGGACAGGCUAUUGGCGUCGUCGUUGCUGAUACCCACCAAAAUGCAAAACUAGCGGCAAGAAAGGUUCGUGUUGAGUAUGAAGAGCUCCCAGCUAUCCUAUCAAUACAGGAUGCCCUGAAAGCUAACAGCUUCCAUCCAAAUACAGAGAAAUGUUUAAAAAAAGGAGAUGUGGACCUUUGUUUUCAAUCAGGUCAAUGUGACAGAAUAAUUGAGGGGGACGUUCAAGUUGGAGGUCAGGAACACUUCUACUUGGAGCCGCAUAGUAGUUUAGUGUGGACUAUGGAUGGUGGCAAUGAGGUUCAUAUGAUUUCUUCCACUCAGGCCCCUCAGAAACACCAAAAGUAUGUUGCUCAUGUCCUCGACCUUCCCAUGUCGAAAGUGGUUUGCAAAACGAAACGAAUUGGUGGUGGCUUUGGUGGAAAAGAGACAAGGUCAGCCUUUUUGGCUGCUGUGGCUUCUGUCCCGUCAUAUCUCCUGAGCCGACCUGUCAAACUAACAUUAGACAGGGAUGUUGAUAUGAUGACAACUGGGCAGCGCCACAGCUUUCUUGGAAAGUACAAGGUUGGAUUCAAUAAUGAUGGCAAGGUGCUUGCUCUUGAUCUUGAAAUCUACAAUAACGCUGGGAAUUCGCUCGACUUGUCUCUUGCUAUACUUGAACGUGCCAUGUUUCAUUCUGAUAAUGUAUAUGAGAUCCCAAAUGUCAAGAUAAAUGGGAGAGUCUGCUUCACUAAUUACCCUAGCAACACUGCUUUCCGAGGAUUUGGUGGUCCUCAGGGUAUGCUCAUUACUGAAAAUUGGAUCCAAAGAAUAGCCAUGGAACUUAAGAAAAGUCCAGAAGAGAUUAGGGAAAUAAACUUUUUGAGUGAAGGAUCAAUACUGCAUUUCGGUCAACAAAUUCAGAACUUUACCCUACAGCGACUCUGGAAUGAACUGAAGUUCUCGUGUGACUUUUUGAAGAUUCGAAAUGAAGUUGAACAGUUCAAUCAUCAUAAUCGAUGGAAAAAGCGAGGGGUUGCUAUGGUACCCACGAAAUUUGGCAUUGCUUUUACAACCAAAUUCAUGAACCAGGCAGGUGCUCUUGUCCAUGUUUACACUGAUGGAACUGUGUUAGUCACGCAUGGAGGUGUUGAGAUGGGGCAAGGUUUGCACACAAAAGUUGCUCAGGUUGCUGCUUCUUCAUUCAAUAUUCCACUCAGUUCUGUUUUUAUAUCAGAGACAAGUACAGAUAAGGUUCCAAAUGCAUCGCCUACAGCAGCUUCUGCUAGCUCUGAUAUGUACGGUGCUGCAGUGUUAGAUGCUUGCGAGCAAAUAAAAGCUCGAAUGGAGCCGAUUGCCUCUAAGAGUAAUUUUAGUUCAUUUGCAGAGCUGGCCAUCGCCUGCUACAUGGAGCGAAUUGAUCUCUCUGCUCAUGGUUUUUAUGCUACACCUGAUAUCAACUUUGACUGGACUACUGGUAAAGGAAGCCCAUUCAGGUACUUCACCUAUGGAGCUGCAUUUGCAGAAGUCGAAAUUGACACAUUGACUGGAGAUUUCCACACAAGGACAGCAAACGUUUUCCUGGAUCUUGGAUAUUCUCUCAAUCCAGCUAUCGAUGUUGGACAGAUCGAAGGAGCAUUUAUACAAGGUUUGGGAUGGGUAGCUUUGGAGGAGCUGAAAUGGGGUGAUGCAGCUCAUAAGUGGAUCCCACCUGGCUUUUUGUAUACAUCCGGGCCUGGAAGUUAUAAAAUUCCUUCCCUGAAUGACGUUCCUCUCAAAUUCAGCGUUUCACUUUUAAAGGGUGCUCCUAAUAAAAAUGCUAUCCAUUCAUCGAAAGCCGUGGGUGAGCCUCCCUUCUUUCUUGCCUCAUCCGUCUUUUUUGCCAUCAAAGAUGCCAUUAUAGCUGCUAGAGCAGAAGCAGGAUACAAUGACUGGUUUCCCCUUGAUAAUCCUGCAACACCCGAAAGGAUUCGGAUGGCUUGUACAGAUGAAUUCAUCACACGAUUUGUCAACUCAGAUUUCCGCCCCAAACUCAGCAUUUGAUGAAUAUUCCGGUGUUUAGUAAAUUAUCUUCCUGGUGGAAAUUGCUACUGAUGUGUCCUGAUUUCGCCGUGUGUUUCUGCAUGUUUGAGUCGAACCGCGGUGGAUGUAAGGAAAAGGAAAAGUGCUUAAAUUGAACAUUGCAAUGUAAAUAUGCAGUACUUGUCAAGCACACAGAUGUGAAAUAUAUACGUGUAUAUGUUCAUAGAAGCUAGGGAAGUGGAACUCUCAGUGUCGUCUGUAGUAACAGCAAUAAUAACAGUACCCAUGUAAUUCCUCAUCAGCGGGGCUAACCUCUUGUAGUGUUAACUUGUACUAAUAAAAUCUUGAGGUUGGCUGAUUUUUCACCCACCUUUAGUUUCAUAACCA